CCCAGUUUAUAUACCUCAGUAUUUUUUUAAACCGUUAAAAAGUAGUAAAAAUAGCUGUAUUUUAAUAACUCAAGCAAGGAUCUGCAGAAACUAUUGUUUAUAUUGACAUAAUACAUGAAGUAUUAUAAACAAUUAAUAUUCAUUCUUUUAUACCUUCUACAUUUUACAUUUAUAUAUGCAGCAAUGAUUAAGGGACGAAAAUAUUCGACAGCGCAUUAUUCUUCAACUGGUUUAAUCUAUAUUCUUGGCGGAACCGAAAGCACAAGCAACUUCCACUCUGAAUAUGCCUCAAAUCUACUCACCCUGCAUUUCGAAAAGACAGAUUAUUCUCUCCACCUGGCUGCAUCAGAUAUUGAACAUCAUUUCCUUUUACCUUCUAUUGGACAUACAUCUCACUUACUAAAUCAUUCAAUCAUCACAGUACUCGGCCUUCAUCCAUCAUACAAGGAUACACCAAGGAUAGCUCUGUCUUCAUCCAAUCAGACCAACCGUUAUCAAUUGUCUCCAUCACACAGGUACAAACAUACCUCGACCCUGAUGGAUGAUCGACUCUAUGUAAUUGGAGGUCUAUCUGCCAAGACGCACCAACCAGCGCAUGACGCCAAUUGGGUCUAUUUCCUUUCAAACAAAACCUGGACUCAGCUUCCAGUCCACACGCAAGCUGCUGGUCAUGUCUCGAUCUCAUACGAGCACUGGAUUAUUUCAUGCUUUGGACAACAAGGAGAACUAACGAUGUCUAAUCGCUGCAUCUGGUUUGACACAGACACUUUUCAAUCCACCGUCGUGAGCAGCCAUAGUCCAGUUGAGGAAUGGCCUACUGCACGCAGUUAUGCAAGUGUCGUCACGCUCCCUAAUCAAUCCACGCAUGUUUUAUUUGGUGGCGAAAAUGAACGAGAUAUACUAGAUGAUCUAUGGCAGCUAGAUAUACGUGCGCCAUUUCAGAUGACCUGGACAAAGUUGGAGCAUAGUCAUAAAGGCAGAUCAGGACAUGUAGGUGUAUUAAUAGAUGAUUUGAUUCUCUAUUAUGGUGGACAAGAUGGUCCAGAGUCCAUGGUUAAUGAACCUAUUUACUUUAAUACAACAAGUAAACAAUGGAUUACAAAGGGAAAGCCAGUGCUCCUGUACCAACGUGACGUACAAGAUUCUGCAUCAAAUGGCGCUCAAGGGAUCAGUGGCGGAGCCAUUGGUGGGAUUAUCGUUUGUGUUAUUGUAAUAGUAGCCGCUGGCAUUGGAUUUUUCAUCUGGAGAAGGCACAAGCAACAACGUCAUGUUCACUCCGAAUCCAGGGCAGCAAGGUUCAGCCAAUCACCAAAUAAUGUCUCAUUACAGCAAUUAGCUUAUGGAGAAAAGAUACAAAUGACAAACUCAAUGGUAUUUGAUGAUGAGAGAAAGCCGGUACCCUUUCUCAGUUUACCUGAAUUGGCUGUCACGAAUAGCAACAAUACACGAAUCAGUGCGAUUUCUCUUGGUGCAGAGUUUAAAUUUUCUACAGAAGACUAUUACCGCAGACAAUCUGCACAGUCAUCCAACCUUAGUCGUCAACGAAUGGAACAGGACAAGACAAGUUUAGACAAGAGUCCUGAAUCAUCCAAUAAAAAGCUAGAUAUGGGCACAAGUGGAUUCAAACGAUUGACACUCAAUCUGUUUUCAAACAGUAGCUCACUCCAUCCCGAUACAGAUGCAAAUCAGACAUUGGGCGAUAAACGAGGUCAAUCAGGAAUUUUCCAGCUGAGAGGAUCACGGCUUUUGCAAGCACGCGCACCAACCACAUCCGAUGGUAAUUAUCCAGGUAUGAUGUACAGCAAUCAUUCUAGACAGUCACUUGGAGGCAAAUCAGUCUCGUCAGUGCAAUGGGUUGGAUUUAAUGAUACCAUGGACUACAAGGGAAACAAGUGGCGUGACAGUUCGACUUCUUCUCUUCAUUUGGCUGUGAAGAAUGCUGCCAAUCGAGCAAGCUCUCAUUAUACGAGUGAUAGUACACAGUCAACUCCUAGAAGCCCCAUGUUCCCACACCAUCUGCGCGAUUCAGUUGCCAUACAAUAUCACCAGGAGAACUCCUCUAAGCAGAGCAUUCGUAGUUAAUGGGUAUAUAUAUAUAUAUGUAUAGAUGUAUAGGUGGUAUACACAAAUUGUUAAUCUUUUAGAAAUUGUCAACAGUAGUUACGUAUAAACUAAUACUUAAU